AUGGACACUUCUCUCACUUUCACGCCCGAACGCGGGACCGAACUCGCCGAGAAUGUCAAGGAGGUACUCGCGGAGAUCGAGGCUGUCAAGCCGUCUGGAUCUAGUCCCCGCCUCGUCGCGAUCUCGAAGAUCAAGCCUCCUUCGGAUAUCCAGGCACUGUAUGACGCAGGACACCGCCAUUUUGGCGAAAACUACAUCCAGGAGAUGGCAGAGAAGGCGCAGAUCCUCCCCGGUGACAUUUGCUGGCACUUUGUCGGCGCGCUGCAGUCGAACAAGGCGAACCUGAUCGCGUCGAUUCCCAACGUCUUCGUGCUCGAGACCCUCGCGAGCCGCAAGCUGGCGGACAAGUUGCAGAGCGCGCUUGCCAAGGCGGACCAGUCGCGUGUGCUCAACGUGUACCUGCAGGUGAACACGUCUGGAGAGGAUGCUAAGAGCGGUCUUGAGCCCCUCACCGCAGACUCUGUGGCAUCCGCCGAGCUGGCAGACCUCGCUAUUCACAUCCGCGACUCGUGCUCCCAGCUCAAGGUUACGGGCCUUAUGACGAUCGGCUCGUGGGACGCGUCUCAUGCCGAGGGCGAGAAUCCCGACUUUCUGCGCCUCUGCGAGACCCGCCUGAACCUGGCGCGCAUCCUCGGUGUUGAAGAGGGCAGCCUCGACCUUAGCAUGGGCAUGAGCGCUGACUUUGCCGAGGCCAUCCGCGCGGGUAGCUGCUCUGUGCGCGUCGGUACGCGUAUCUUUGGCGCUCGGCCGAAGAAGGGCGCCAAGUAG